AUGAGGCUAUUCAGGCUUCGGAAGAGGCUCGCCACGAGCCUCCACUGUAGCAAGAAGGUCUGGCUGGACCCCAGUGAGACCAGUGAAAUCGUCAACGCCAACUCCCAUCAGCAGAUCCGGAGGCUGAUCAAAGUUGGGCUGAUCAUCCACAAGCCUGUGACUGUCCAUUCCCAGGCUGGAUGCCAGAAAAGCACCUUAGCCCACCAGAAGGGCAGGCACAUGGGCACAGGUUAGCGCAAGGGUACAGCCAAUUUCCAAAUGCCAGAGAAGGUCACUUGGAUGAGGAGAAUGAGGAUUCUGCACUGGUUGUUUGGAAGAUACCGUGAAUCUAAGAAGACUGAUCACCACAUGUAUCACAGCCUGUACCUGAAGGUGCAGGGGAAUAUGUUCACAAACAAGCAUAUUCUCAUGGAACACAACCACAAGCUGAAGGCAGACAAGGCCCACAAGAAGUUCCUGGCUGACCAGGCUGCCCGCAGCUCUAAGACCAAUAAAGCACGCAAGCUCCGUGAACAGCGCCUCCAGGCCAAAAAGAAGGAGAUCAUCAAGACUUUGUCCAAGGAAGAAGAGACAAGAAAAAAAGCUUCCCCUUUUUCUGUUGGCAGUUGUCGAAGCAUGACUUUGAAGCCAGAUCUUAGCGUGUCUUUGUUGUCGGGUUAUCAGUUUGAGGUUGGGCUAAAUUUCAUUUCUGCAGUUUCUAACAGUGCAAGGAAAGACCUGCUUCCUUUUGAUACAAAAGGUGCAAAGCGACUUUUAUUCUGUUCUUCCGAAUGCUUUGUUCGCUACAUUUCCCCUGCCUCAUACCCGAGCUUUUUCCCGCUGAGCUUCAUGCACAAGGACCUUCCAUUUGAUCUUCAUGGUUCUUCCAGAAUCAGAGAAGCUUCAGAGGCAUUGUCUAACGAGAAGCAGAAGGCUUUUAGAGGCUGUCUUCAAGACCCAUGCCUGGAUGUUUUCCCCAAAUAA